AUGUAUGUUUUGCUCGUGUUUGUCGGGAUCUGGAUCGUCACGUUUGCGAUCGGGUACAUUGGAUGCAUGGCUGUGAUCUGGAAGCGCCGAGCCCCGGACAACCCGGUCAUCUUCAUCGCCGCCCUCUUCGCUGUCCCGGCUUUCCGAAACACGUGUCCUGGGAACCCACCCUACGGCGUGCUGUUCGAUGUGCUGAGCACUUUUUUUGCCAUCGGCGUCAUCUGCACGUUUUUGGUCCUGGUGUCCGUGGCGUACAUGACGAAACCGAAGGCGGCGACGACGUAG